UUGCAGGUUCAUUGGCUGUAUCAGUGACGGACAUGACAGCACCUGUGGUUGGAUCAUCAGGGGGAGUCUAUGCUCUGGUCUCUGCCCACCUCGCCAAUGUCGUCAUGAACUGGUCAGGGAUGAAGUGUCAGUUCAAGCUCUUUCGCAUGGCAAUGGCUCUGGUGUGCAUGAGUGUGGAGUUUGGUCGUGCCGUCUGGCUCCGAUUCUAUCCCCCAGCUUUCCCACCCUGCCCUAAUACCAGCUUUGUGGCCCAUCUGGGGGGUGUGGCAGUGGGCCUCACCCUUGGUGUUGUGGUUCUUCAGAACUAUGAACAGCGCUUACAGGAACAGUCCUUGUUCUGGAUCUUCUUUAGUGUCUACACAAUAUUUAUCCUCUGUGGAAUCUUCUGGAACAUUUUCGCUUACAAUCUCUUGGAUGUCAAGUUACCCCCACCUCCAUGAAGCACAGUAUGUGUGUGUGCGUGUGUGUGUGUGUGUGUGCAUGCGUGUGUGUGUGUGUGUGUGUUUGUGUGUGUGCUUGUUUGUUUGUUUGUGUGAGUGUGUGUGUGUUUGUGUUACUGGCAACAAUUUAACAGUUGUAAAGGUCAUGAAUGAGAAUCAAAUGCAAAGUACCUUACUGCAGUCCUCCUGUGAUGUAAUGUUUGUGUUAAUAGUGCCUAAACCAUACCAAGUUUUAGUGCCAUCAGAGAAGCUAAAACCGCAGAUUGUGAUGAAUGUAAAUUUUCAGGACAAGCCCAACAGUUGAUGCUUUAUUCACCUAUAUAUAUUUUUUUUUUCCAAUGAAUGGGGGCUAUCAUUGAUAGCACAAGAAUUAAUUUCAAAGUACCCAGGUUUAUAAGCUGCUGCUGCCUUUUCACCUGACUCAUUUAUAUAUUCUGUGUCAGCUGAAAUAUUUCUCAAUUAUUAAAGGAAUGAAUACAUUCAUUUACCUGGCACAGAACCUGAGGUUGCAUUAGCAAAGAGUAGAAUCAGUAUUUUAUGAGGACCUUUUAGUAAAGUAGAGCCUAUUGUGUGUGAAGGACCCUUAAAAUAUAUUCAAGAUUAAGUGAAGUAAAAAGGAAUGGAAUGAACAGCUAGAUAAACUUCUCUCAAUAUUGGAAACAAGCAUUUUGCAGAAAAUAAUGCAGAGUUAUGGUUGACAUAAGGGAACCACAAUAAAUCAAUAUUAAUCAAAUCAAUCUCCCUAAUAUCUAAUAACAUGAAUAAUAAUUUGAUUGACCAGACUAUAGUACUUCAGUAAAAAAAAAAAAAAAAAAACAUGAAUGAUGUAGUGCCAUCUACAGGCUGAACAAUAUUUAAACACAUGUAAAUGAGUUGAGAGUCAAAUUUCAUAUAACAUCCACUCACUUGUAUAGAGGAACUUUCACUUUGCCAUUCCAUUAUAGCACUUUUUGACCAGGGGUUCUCAAUUCUGGCCCUCGAGAUCCACUUUCUUUCAGAGUUGACCUCCACCAUUAAACUCACCUCCAACCUUCUAGUAAUCCUGAAGAUCUUGAUUAGCUUGUUCAGGUGUGUUUGAUUAGGGUUGGACCUUAACGCUGCAGGAAUGUGAACUUUGAGGGCUAGAGUUGAGAAUGGUUUUUCACACAGUUAUAUACAUAUAAAUAUUACCCUGUAAAAACGAUUCCUGUUGGCACGGAUCCACGAAAAUUACUCAAACACUAAUUUCUUUGUAAAGAAACUCUAUGCGCCUAUAGAUUGAACAAAUAAUAUCCAUGCAUAUGUCAUCACCGUUUUCACAAAUUCACUUUUAUUGUAGUUUACACAGAGGCAAUAACAGUACCCAGAUAGCAAACUGACA